UUAACUGCACGUAGAUCACAAACCUGAAAUCGGUUGAUAAAUGUGAACGUUAUCGUGUUUUUAUUCAGAAAAAAACGCAGCUCCCCGUUUACUUCCAUGUAUUUUUAAGGCAGUCUUGCCCUCACUAACAUGGCGGACGCGUUGACGUAUCGCAGCAACGGCUCAGAGCGGCCAAUGAGGCGUCUAGUUAUUUAUAUGUCUGUUCGCCACGCUCUCUGUUGUUGUUAUGUCGGCGUGCUGCCUUAAUACAAACGGUUAGACACGUUUCUAAGAGAAAAAUUUAGUUUUUGAAUCAGUUCAGUAAAAUACCUGUAAUAUUCUCAUCCUAACAAUCGUGACUGAGUUUUGAAGCGAGCAAGAAUAUCUGGAGGAGUUUUUCAUCUGAACUGAGAUCUGCUGCUGUGAAGAUGCAGUUUGUGAAAGAAGAGAGAGAAGAGAACACGAGUGAACCAGACACCAGCACAAUAAAACACGAGGAACCAGAAACCCGGAGAAUAAAACUCGAGGAACCAGAAAUGCUGAGAAUAAAACACGAAGAUCCAGGAACCUGGAGAAUAAAACACGAGGAACUAGAAACCUGCAAAAUAAAACACGAGGAAAAAGAAUCCUUGAGAAUAAAACACGAGGAACCAGAAAUAAAACACGAGGAACAAGGAGAGUUCAUUGAAGAAAAAGAGGAAAAUGAUGAAUCAAGCCCUCAAGAGAAGCAGAACGCAUGUGAUCAGUGCGAUAAAAUGUUUUUAUGGGCUUCACUUCUGAAGAAACACUUGAAAGUUCAUGCAAAGAAGAAGCUACAUUCAUGUCAUUUGUGUGGUAAGAGUUUUUUGCAUGUACAAAGUUUGAAAGAACAUCUUCAGAUAAUACAUACUGGUGUAAGAGAGUACGUGUGCUCUGAGUGUGAGAAGACUUUUAGUUCAGCAAGCAGUUUAAAACUGCACGAGAGGAUUCACAUUGGAGAGAAACUUUAUAAGUGUUUACACUGUGACAAGAGAUUCAAUCAUUCAGGAAAUCUGAAAACGCAUGAGAGGAUCCACACUGGAGAGAAACCUUACAAGUGUUCACACUGUGACAAGAGAUUCGGUGAUUCAUCAAGUCUAAAAAAACAUGAGAGGAUUCACACUGGAGAGAAACCUUACAAGUGUUCACACUGUGACAGGAGAUUCAGUCGUUCAUCAAAUCUCAAAACACAUGAGAGGAUCCACACUGGAGAGAAACCUUACAAGUGUUCACACUGUGACAAGAAAUUCAGUCAUUUAGCAAUUCUCAAAACACAUGAGAGGAUCCACACUGGAGAGAAACCUUACAAGUGUUCACACUGUGACAAGAGAUUCAGUCAGUUAUCAAGUCUCAAAACACAUGAGAGGAUCCACACUAGAGAGAAACCUUACAAGUGUUCACACUGUGACAGGAGAUUCAGUAAAUCAUCAAGUCUCAAAACACAUGAGAGGAUCCACACUGGAGAGAAACCUUACAAGUGUUCACACUGUGACAGGAGAUUCCGUCAUUUAGCAAAUCUCAAAACACAUGAGAGAUUUCACACUGGAUAGAAAGCACAUCACCGCAAUGUACGUGGGAAGCGUACAUUGGCCCGUACACGCGGAGAUGCAUUUAGAUGUUUAUGUAAAUAUUUUGUUAGGUAUAUGUGUUUCGUCCAGACGGAUCCAGCAUUUUGGGAGAAUGAAUUCACUAUUUCUUUGGGUCCCAGAGUGGAUAAAUCUGAAAAUGACACCUUUGACACCGUCUUUUGUGUUCUGCCAAUCCAUAUAUUUUGUGAAACAAUGUCAUCACCCCACUUCUCUACUAUUGUCAGACACCGCUACAUCAUGUAACACCAACAACAAUGGAGAACUACAUGUUUGUGUUCAUGCUGCAGAAACUACUGAGCCUGAUAUUGGAAAAAAAAACUCACAUUGUCAUUAUUUGUUUUAACGAUGUAUAUUGCAAUAUGGAAAAAAAAAUAAACAGAUGACUUGAACUGC